AUGGAUCGGCGACCACCGCGCCCCGACGACUACGACGAGGAGGAGCUAGGAGACGAAUCGGUGCAAGCAACGGGGUCAAAGACAAGGAGGCCGAUCCAUCCUCCAGCUUUCGAUCCGAUCCGAUCCGACGAUAUGGUAUGCGUCGCGUGCCUGCUGCCACUCUUCCUGAUCCCGGUGGUCAACGCCCUCCCUUACCUCAUCGACCUCGUCAUCAGCAAGGUGUAUCGGCUAUUUGGAUGGGAGUACCGGAGACCUGAAAGAGUCCCACCUGCUUGUCCUUACAAGCCUGCAGCUCAGAAGAACGGUGCAAGUGAAUCAAAACCCCUAGCCAAUCCACAUGGUGCUGCGGCAGAAGAUAAGAAAGAGGAAUAA